AUGUUCACUGCUGGGCCCGUGUACUGGAAUCUGGAGCCUCUUUCUCACUUUCCUUACGACGAAACCCCUACUGCAUACCUCUCGGAUCGCAACGAUGUCCCAAUCAAAAGUGGGAGAGUCAAGCUCACCGUCGGACCAAACCGAGCCGUCUUCAUGGUUGACACCGGACAUCUACGGGACCACUCGACCUAUUUCAGAAAUCUGUCCGACCCAAUGCCCAACCAGGACUUCCCUGCCGACUACUCAGAGCUCUUCCGCAACCUGAUUAAGUGGCUAUAUAUGGGUGCAGCGCGGGACUUCCUUCCUCUUUACGGGGAGCUCUUCAUGGUUAAGCUCUGUGGCUUGGCACGACGACUCGGCGUGGACGAUCUCGUGGAGGAUAUUAUGAAUAAUCUCGACACAGAUAUCUAAAUAAACUCCGAGACAUUCCGUGAUGCGGAAAUCAUCCGCUACGUCUAUGAGAACUUUCCACCAGCAUCGAGGUUGCGCGAAGUUAUGGUCAAGCGUGAGUGGAAGGC